GGAUUUUCUGGGUUACCUAGCGACGGGACUCGUACACUAGCAUAAUUGUUUUGUCCUAUGUGUGCUCCUUUCUGGCAUUCAAAACUCGUAUUUUGAAAGCCAGAAUUCAUGUUUAUUGGUGGGGUAGUUGUUAUGUGUGAAGAGUCUUUGUGGGUUUUAGUCAUUUUAAAGUCCGUUUGCCGAUUGGACACCUUUAAUUUACCUUGAAAAUGGCCACUGUUGUCGCGCAGUCUCAUUUUAUCUUCGGUCUGCGGACAGGUGUGAGUAACAAUUUAUGUUUCUUUGAUGAACAAACUGUCGUUUUCCCUAGCGGAAACAACUGUGUGUGCUACAACACCGUCCAGAGAUGCCAGCGGUUCAUUCCAGGCUCAGAGAAAAGUCAGGGUAUGCGUGCUCUUGCCAUCAGUGCCAACUGCCGUUACCUGGCAGUGUCAGAGUGUGGUGAGAAGGCCACCAUUACAGUGUUUGACCUGCAGCAUGAGCAGGGCAGAAAGAGGAAGGUUUUGACUGCAGGAGACACCUCUGUUCUGGAGUUUGUUUGCAUGGCUUUCUCCCCUGAUUCCAAGUACCUGAUAGGCCAAUCGGGUGCUCCAGAAUGGACGCUGAUCUUCUGGCUUUGGGAAAAACAUAAAGUUCUGGCAACAGUGAAGACCAGUAACUCAAAUAAUCCUGUUACCAAGGUCAGCUUCAACCCUUACAACAACAUGCAACUGUGUGUGAGUGGAACUGGUGUGUUCAAGCUGUUCCGCUACUCAGAGGGAGCCCUGAAACAGAGCAGUUUCCCAAAGGUGGAGUCCAUUAACUUCCUGUGUCAUACCUGGAUGACAGAGGACCGUGUGAUUGCUGGGACGGACACGGGCAGACUGCUGGUGUUUGAAUCUGGAGAGUUGCGAAGAGAGAUUAGCAUGGCUUCUAAGGCUGACAGGCAGGUGGAGAUGAAGAAGUUCAAACACGCUGAUGUGGAUGAAAGUCAGAGUGCUCCUCGCAUCACAGCCCUUCUUUCCUACUCAAAGGGCUUUGCAUGCUCUUUGGGCUCCGGCACUGUCUGCUUUUUUGAGAAGCGUGAGGAGGACACUUUCAGAAGAAGCAGGGAGAUACGGAUCCCUAUGGACCAAUACGACAAUGAGCUAGCCCCAGCUCAGUGCCAGGAGAUUGACACCAUGUGCAUCAGUCCAUCAGAGGAGACUCUAGCCAUCAGCACAGACAGAGGACAGCUGUACAGCUUCAGUCUGUCCUCCGUGGAGAUGAACAAGGAGGAACCUGCACAUUUUGAGUUCCUGUUGCAGUCCUUCCACUCUAAGUCCAUCACUGGUUUGUCCGUCUGCAUUCGAAAGCCCAUCGUCGCCACCAGCUCUCAAGAUCACUCUGUUCGCAUCUGGAAUUAUGAAACAAAAGUGCUGGAGCUUUAUAAGGAGUUCCAGGAGGAGGUGCACAGUGUGGCUCUGCACCCCACUGGCCUCUUCAUCCUGGUGGGCUUUUCAGACAAACUGCGGCUGAUGAACCUGCUUAUUGAUGACAUUCGCACCUUCAAGGAGUUCACUGUGCGUGGCUGCAGAGAGUGCUCUUUUAGCCAUGGUGGCCACAUGUUUGCGGCUGUGAGUGGAAAUGUUAUUCACAUAUACUCUGUUACAUCUUUUGAGAACGUUCUCAACCUGAAGGGCCACAAUGGAAAGGUGCGUGGUAUUGAAUGGAGCCAGGAUGACUUCCGGCUGGUGUCAUGUGGGAUGGAUGGUGCAGUAUAUGAGUGGAACACACAGACCGGCAAGCGUGAGUCUGAGAGCGUUCUGCAGUCCAGCAGCUACACAGAUGUUGCCUUCUCUUCAGACUGCAAGACUAUUCUGGCUGUGGGAACAGACCUCACUCUGAAGGAGAUCCGAGAUUGUCAGGUCCUGAAGGAAGUUCCUGCUGAUGAGGUAGCUCACACCACUGUGGCAGUGUCUCACUCUGGCAAGGUUGUCUUCACUGGGACCUCUAGUGGAUCCAUCAGAGCCAUAAAAUACCCGUUACCCAUCCAGAAGGAAUGGCUCACGUAUCAGGCUCACUGUGGCCCUGUCACCAAGAUGUUGAUCACGUUUGAUGAUCAGUUCCUGCUGACAGUGUCUGAAGAUGGCUGUAUGUUCAUGUGGAGGAUCAUUGAUAAGGAGGGCAGAGGACUGAAGAGUAAAAGGCAGAUCGUGCACACUGAGGAGAUCCUUGUCGCCAAGUCAGACCUGGAAGAGAAGACCCAGAGCAUGCUGGAGCUUAAGAUGCGUCUGGAGGAGCUGCAUAUGGAGAACGAGUACCAGCUCCGCUUGAAGGACAUGAACCACAAUGAGAGGAUAAAGGAGCUUUCUGACAAAUUUACCCAGCAAAUAGAGUGUCUGAAAACAACGCAACAGGCCAUGAAAAUAGAAAUAGAAAAGCGGGAAGGUGAGCACCAGGCGUGUUCUGCAGAGCUUAUUCUGAAACACUCCAAAGAGCUGAAGGACGCAGAGUUGUCCUACAGCCAGAAGCUGAUUGUGGAGCAUGAGAGGUACCAGGAUCUGCAGGAUAAAUAUCAAAGGAUGCAGGAAGACUAUGAGAAGCAGCUGAAGGCCGCAGAGGAGAGCAGAGUCCAGUCCCUGGAGGAGCUGGCACAGCUCUGUGAGGCCAAGCUGCACGAGAAGAGUCAACUCCUGGCUCAGUGUCAGGAGGAUGCGAAGCAGCAGAUUCAGGAGUUUAAAGAGAUCAUAAAGCAAGUAGAGGAGGAUGAGGGGAGAAUGAUCCACGACAUUCAAAUAAAGUACGAGAGGAAACUGCACUCUGAGAAAGAGACAAACACAAAUCUGAAAGGAGAAGCUGGUAUCAUGACGCAAAAGCUCUUCAGUCUGCAGAGACAGAUCGAUGACAGGGACGCAGACAUAGACAAACUGAAGAAGAAGCGGCAGAGGCUGCUGGGGUUAAUCCGCUCCCUGGAGAGCGACAUCGAGGACCUGAAGAGGCAGAUAUCUGGACAUGAAAAGACCAAUCAGGACAAGGAUAAGACCAUUUCCAGCUUGAAGAAGAAGAACCAGGAACUGGAGAAGCUGAAGUUUGUUCUUGACGUCCAGUUAAAUGAGUUGAAGAAACAGACUGAGCCUCAACAAGAUGACAUCAAUGAGAAGAAGGAACGGAUCCAUCAGCUGGAGGAGGAGCUGGUGCAGAUCGACAGGAGCAACACUCAGCUGAAGCUCACCGUCUCUGAACUGAGGCUCAAACUGACGAGCAGAGAUAAGGACAUGCAUAAGGAGAUGCAGAAAGUGAAAGAUUUGGAGACACAUCUUCAGCGGCUACAGUCAGACCUCCAUAGCUGUGUUGGCUUCAUCCAGGAGCCAAAAAAACUGAAGAACAGUGUGAAGAUGAUCUAUGCCCGCUAUGUGCCACAGAUUGAUGGAGUGGAGAAAAGCAGUAUGGACGAAGACAUUCAGAGGGCAUUCUGUGGCCAGCGUGAUCACCUGGAGAGGACUGUUAGCAACCUAAAGACAAGGCUGGUCAAAUCUGCCCAGGAGCAUGACAAAAUCUAUGUCAAGAUCAUGAAGGAGAAUGUGACUCUGAUUACUGAAAUCAAUGAGCUGCGUAAGGAGCUGCAUUCGGCGAGGACUCAGGUCAAAGAGUACAAAGCUCAGCUGGCCACGUAUAAGAAAUCCAGCAAGUCAAGUCCUAACUCAGAAGACAGACCCAAAAAGGACACAUGAAGACAUCAAUUAAGAAUUUAUAACCCACAAGACUGAUCCCAAAUCAGAGAGCAAUCCACCUCCUGGACCAGUGACAUGCUGAGGAUCUCCUACCAUAAGUCAUCAUCCUGAAGCACACAACAUUCUUUUCAUUUGUUGAACACUACUGAUGAAUGUAUUCACCCGCACAGGUGCUGCUAAAUUUGUUAUUUACAAAAUACUAGUUUGUCUUAAAUCUAAUAAAUACUUUCUGAUUUGAAGUAUUUCUUUGCAACAAAAUAACUUGUUUUACCAUAUUUUUAUCUUGAAGACAUUAUCAGGAGUGAACUGAAUGGUGUGAAUGCCUGAAAACACGUGAACAAUACAUGUCAAGGACAAGCUGAAAUGCACGUACAUGUACAUGGUGUGUAACAUCUUCAAAUCAGUGUAGGAGCUCAGGGUUUUUUGGGGACCUGAAACACAUCAGACAAACUGUAUGGGGUCAUUUCGUUUGUGUUUUGUUAACAUUUUAAAACCAGCCCCUCGCUUGUUUCAUUUGUGAAGAAUACAGCGAAAAUGUUUUGGGGACUAAG